GGCGGCAUUAAAUAGAGCGGUUCAAGAGCGCCAUUUUGGUGCAUCACAGUUUUUAACGUUUGGCGGGUGCACUUUUCAUGAUUACUUAGUGAUGACAGCUGAAGUCUACCCAAUAAGCAAUUAUAUGAAACAGAGCUGCUUCAAACUGGUCUCUCAAAGAAAUCGUUAAUUGCUUUAAAAGCCCCACAAAUACCUGACAAGAUCAUUGAGUCUUUAUUCAGAAGAAUCAAUUUACUAGAGAAAUUUCCUCAAAAGCUAUCCAUUCAAGAUGCAAUUCAAAUUCGAGAGGACACCCUUCAGGAUACUCCUAGCGAUCCAAUGCUUUAUCCAUUUGUAAUGCUUCAAAAAAUAAUGUCAUUUGAUAGUAAAUGCAGGUUUGGGUUGCGUAGUGAAUUGGGAUCAGAUCUUGGGGACGAUUCAUAUUCUGAUUCUGAAGAUUAUUCUGUAGAAAAAGCCUCUGUUCACCCAAUGGACGGCUUGCUUGCUCUCAUACACUGCUCUGAUAACUUUCUUCGUCAAGAGCUCUUCAGUAGGCUGGCCACUUGUCAAAUCGCUGUACCUCUUCUCCUCCCUCACCCUUGUACCAAAGAUACCACAUUGCUGAUGUGGGCUCUAAAGUCUAUAGUCAAAGAAUUCAAGUUUCCUGAUGGAAAAAUAUUUAGCGGUCGAAUUAUUGAUCAACCAAUACAAUUUGUUUCAUUUUUAAGGUGUGGAUGGCAUGCCAUGUCAAAAUCUGAAACCCUGAAUGGUGUCAUGAAUAGAGUAGAUCAAGACAACAAAAAUAUGCCAUUUUUUGGUUAUAACUCUCCUGGUGGUGGUACACAACGUAAGCUCCUAGUCAAUGGUCUUGUUGAAAUUAGCUGGUAUGUGCCUGGUGACGGACUUUACCCCAAGCCUAUUGCCUUUACCAAUUUAAGAGGAGAUGCUUGUGACCCUAUGCUUCAGAAACAAGUUAAUUUCCUGUGCAGUGUAUCUACUGUGCAUGUUUUGUUACUUUCACAUGAUGUUUUAGAAGGAGAUACUACGAAAGAUUCUGUUGUAACACUACUACAAAGGUUAUCACAAGCUCCUGGCGGACUAAUUAUACUCCAAACAGAAACCCAUAUACGUUUUAAAGGGAAAAUCUUUGGAGAACAAUCAAAAAUUACUAUUGUUAAGAAUGAGAGAAAUUUAUUAGCAAAGCUAAGAAGCAAACUCGACGUUAAGUAUGAACAUGUUACCCUAACAUCCAUUGCUCGUAAGUUUGAUAUUGCUAUUGAUGAAGAUAAUAUUAACUGUGUCAAAGGAAGGCGACUGAUGGAAGAGCUUUAUGCAGUAAUAGAGAAACAUCGAAGAAGUAAUCGUAUUACUAGUCUUAAAAGUUUACUCCCUCUCCAGAGUAAAGAACUUUGGCAAAGAUGGGCAGAACUAAACAAGGAACAGUACCGACAGAAAAGAAAAUAUCACUAUGAAAGAGGAAAACAUGUAAAGCAAGAACAUGAACAGCACCAAAGGGAUUUGACUUCAGAAGAGUAUGGUGCAGAGCAAAGGGGGAAAAUGGAAAAGAUUCGUCAACAGCAAUACCCACUUGCCACACAAGGGAAUGAAUUGAUGUCCUCAUUCCUGAAAACUCUGAGGACAGAAGGAGGUUUUGUGCUUCGUUAUUACUUGAUAUGGUUGAAAUUCAAGCUAGACGACCUAUCAAGGGAUAUACUGCCUCCAUUUUAUAUAAAAAUCCGUGAAAAAAGAAAGCAAUUGAGAGAUAUUCAACAGAAGCAUGAUGCUCAUGCUGAGAGUAUAUGUCAGGAGCAACUUAAAAAACUUGACUGUCAAUUGAUCAAUGCUUCAUUUGGCAUAGAACACCUUUUCAGAGAAGUUGGUCAGAUAUACGAGUCUGCCAUGGCAAAUUGCCGCAACGUCAGUAAUCUCCCUGAAAUAGCAGCUCAGUUGUUGUGUGAUGGCCAUCCACUUGAACUAUUAGAUGGAGAUGCAUCACAUAUUCCACAAAAAUGGAUAAUGGCAGUUUUUAAUUGUCUGGCCAAUAUUCUAAAAAGAAUGCAUGGUUUUGAUCCACACAUUUACGUAUUAGCAGUCCUUGGUAUUCAGAGCACUGGAAAGUCAACAUUGCUGAACACAGUGUUUGGAGUUCAGUUCAGCGUCAGUGCUGGAAGGUGCACUCGUGGGGCAUUCAUGCAGCUAAUUCCAGUUCAUCCCUCUCUGCAUGAAACGACAGGAGUUCAAUACUUUCUUCUGAUUGAUACUGAAGGUCUGAGAGCUCCUGAACUCGACAGACUGGAGGGUCGUGAACAUGACAAUGAGCUCGCUACUUUUGUGAUUGGAAUGGCAAACCUCACACUUAUUAAUGUAGCAGGAGAGGUAUCAGGAGACAUGGAUGAUGUUCUGCACACUGUGGUACAUGCCUUUUUGAGAAUGAAUCAGGUACAAUUAAGGCCAAGUUGCCAUAUUAUUCACCAACACGUUGUAGCAGUUGGAGCACAUGAAAAAAUGAUGCAGGGACGUCAAACGAAGGACAACUUGGAUAAAAUGACAAAAGCUGCUGCCAAAGAAACGGGUGUUGAGACUCAAUACACCCAUUUUACAGAUGUCAUAAAAUUUGACCAUGAAAAAGAUCUGUCAUUUUUCCCUGACCUUUGGAAUGGAAUGCCUCCUAUGGCACGUGUUAAUUCUAGCUAUAGCAAAGAAGCUCAGCAUUUGAAAGUUGGUGUAAUAACUAACUGCAAAACCGUUACAAAAUAUUCUGUUCCUAACAUAAGAGCACAUUUGGAAGCGCUAUGGAAAGCUAUUCUUCAAGAGGAUUUUGUGUUCACAUUUCAAAAUACAUUCGAAUUCAAGACUCUUGAGAAGAAAUACGGUGAUUGGUCAUGGGGUUUCAAAAGUGAAAUGAGUGAAUGGGAAAGAGAGGCACAGACGAAACUCAUUGCCUGUGACACACAAGAGAGACUAGAUGAUGUUAACGCGCAGCUUAUGGAUGAGUUGCAAAGGUUUGUAGGAAAAAAGCAAGUGGAAUAUGAGGAAAAAAUGCUUAAAUAUUUUAAGGAGAGUAAUAAUGAAAUAAUGUUGAAAUGGAAGCCAGAUAUGCAACUGAGGCUACAAUAUUUACGUGAAAAACUAGAACGUCAUGCGGAAGAGCACUGCUCGCAAGUGUAUCAGGCCCAGAGAGAUCGUGCUGAGGCAGAUAAGAAGAAGGGUAAACUGAGUACAAUCAUUUUUUGUUAUAUUAAAGAGUUAAUAGAAGGUCUUGGUGAUCCUUGUGAAGAUGAUGAUGAUGAUGAAAGACUGAAGGGCAUAUUUGAUAGCAAGUGGGAUGAAUGGAUACCCCAGCUUACUUCUACAAUGAAGCCAUUAAAACGACCAAAUAUUGCAGGAGAAGUUGAGUCUUGCAUAACUGACUUCUUCAAAGCUAAAAUGAGGCCUCAGUUUGAAAGGAUGUUCAUAAACAUGUAUAAAAGAGUUUGGAAGGAGAAAAUAUUUGCAGAUACACUCUGUGACAAAUUAAUGGAGCCAGUCAAAGAAUUUGUUUUGGAGAGCCUUCCAGCCCUUGUGGUUAAUGGAAUGAGAGGAGAAUACCCAUGGCUUAGUGACAAGCAAAGUUUUAUUGCAAGUAUUCUUCUUCAGAUUGGGCAACGACUUGAGCAGGGAUCAGAAGAUGGAUUCGAGUUAUGCAUGUCUUUUUUAACUAAUGUCAGAUCAAGCCUUGAAUGGUGGGCUAAAUAUUAUUCAGAGCAGUUCUGUCACUCGGGUUCACCUUCACGACUCUCUGUGAUUGCAGUACGUGAAACGGAUAAUAUCAUUGGCUUUCUAGUUAAUCAGGCGGAGAACAUUGCUUCUACUCAACAACACUAUUCAACAAGCGAAUGGAUUAAACAGUUUUGUUCACUUUCAAGGAAAAGAAAUAUUAACAUUUCUCAGCUAGAGCGCCAAAUGUAUAUCACAAUCCCCCAGUUUUCUGAUUUAGAAUUUUUCACAAGAGAAUUUGUUAAGGGGCUGAAAGAAUUGCAAGGUCAGUUAAAACAAGAGUUUUCUAACAUUAGAUACUCCGAUAUAUUAAAACGACAAAAGCCACAUAAAGACAUUUUUGAAGCACUAGCUGGGUGCACUGCUCAAUGCCCAUUUUGUCAAGCACAAUGUGAGCUCACGACUGACAAACACUCAACAAAUAUCAAGCAUACAACACAGCAUCGCCCUCAAUGCCUCAGUAAGUAUCGGUGGAAUGAUGAUAACACUAUGAUCUUAGAUGUCUGCACCUACUCUGUUUCCCCAGAUUCGAAUACUAAAUUCAGAAAUGAAAAGACAGGAGGGAAUUGCCAUCUAUACAAAAGAUAUACUGAACUCUAUCCUGAGUGGGCUAUUACUGCAGAUAAAUCCCUUGAAGCAUCAAUGUUUUGGAAGUGGUUUAUUGGGAAAUACUCCAGGCAAAUCGAGAAAUUCUUUAAACGUUCACAAACAAACAUCCAUAAGGAAUGGGAGAGACUGGAUUGGAGAGAAGUCAAAGAAUGGCUUAAAAGAGAGUACAAUGUGUAGCAAGUUAUUAUUAUAAUGCAACACUAGACAGUGUAGAAUGUAGGAUUUAGUUGCACCUGUAAACUCUCAACUCACUAUUGUAACAGUGUAUUAGGAAAUGAAUCUGAUUGGU